ACUUACUAGCACUUGGUCUGCAACCCGCUUUAUAAAUAUAACCUUUAGUUAUCCUGUUACAAUAUCUAUGAGUGAGUGCAACAAACCGAAUUCAGAGAAUUACCUACUUGCGUCACCUCAAAUUAAUUUAAAAGCAUUAGCUUUAAGGAAUAAACACUCAAACGAGUUUGAAAGCCCGCAAUAAGCGGUAAACUCUCUACAAUGUUUGGGAAAACUAUUUUCACAAAUACGUACGAAAUAAGUCAAAAAAAAGUUUUAGUCACAGGAUUUGGGCCUUUUCACCCUUAUAAAGAAAAUGCAAGUUGGGAAGGAGUGCGAAAAAUGAACGAGAGCAGGCUCGGAGCUGACAUAACUUUGUGUACAAGCGAAAUUGCAGUGCGUUACAAGGAAGUGGAUCGGCUGAUACCGGAGUUGUAUCGCAAAUUCCAACCGCAUUUUGCCAUGCACGUUGGAGUAGCAGACACACCUCCCGAAUGUUUUUACUUGGAAUCUAAAGCUAAUAAGCCUGGGACAGUGGAAUAUCUCGAUGACGAAGCUAAGGAGAGACCUGUUCCCGAUGUGAGCUACCAGCGUCUGCGAGAUUACAUGACAACAAGUCUGGACGUGCACAGCAUAUGCAAGGAGUUUAACCAUAUGUUCUGCGGAACCGAGUUAGAGGCUGUUCCAUCAAAUGAUGCUGGCAGAUAUCUGUGCGAGUAUAUUUACUACAAGUCUCUCUGCUUGGGUCCCGCUCUGUUCGUCCAUGUGCCAUCUACCAAGUACAGCUACGAUGAAAUCGCUAACGGCUUAGAAAGCAUUUUAAAAUUAUGUGUUAAACAGCUGUAUACUCGUAAUGACUAUUCCUAUUUUAAUCUAUACUAAUAUUAUAAAGCUGAAGAGUUUGUUUGUUUGUAUGUUUGAACGCGCUAAUCUCAGGAACUACUGGUCCGAUUUGAAAAAUUCUUUCAGUGUUAGAUCGCCCAUUUAUCGAGGAAGGCUAUAGGCUACUUUUUAUCCCGGUAAGGGAAGUAGUUCCCACGGGAUGCGCGUGAAACCGCUGCCUGACAGAAGCUAGUUUUGUAUAAGAUCUUCUUAAGUGUUCACAACUUCAAAUUUUUUAUCACAGUUUAAUUAUAUUAAUUGUUAUCUGUAACCUACCGAAAAAUAUAGCUUAGUUUGAUACUAAAUAUAGAAUUAAAUUACAUACUUAGAAAUACUUGAAAUUAAUAUUUUCAUGUCUAGGCAGCGGCGGCCCUAGC